AUGGAGUUACAAAUACUUGUACCACUUAUUACAUACUCUGCAGAGACAUUGUCUGGUAGAAUAUUAGAGUUUGAAGAAUCAACAGUUGAAGAUGCAUCAACCAUCACUACAGUAUCAUCACUUAAAAAGAGAAUAUCUAGCAAGUACAAUGGUGAUGGUGAAGUUGGAGAUGACAGCCAAUUCUAUCUUGUACAUUCAUCAAGUGGAAAGAAAUUAAAAGAUGAAGAGUUACUUAAACAAUCUUUAACCUCGACCAACUCUAAUAAUAAUGAUGAUGAUAGUAGUAAUAAGUUUAGAAUUCGUAGAUACCAUUAUAGUUGUUUUGUAGAACACUGGAUUGGAAUCUAUCAAUUGACAACUUUGUGGAGAUGGGUUGCACGUGUCAGUACUGUUAUCGUGUGCAGUUUGUUUAUUGCAUCGUUGUCACAGAUAUCAUUCUUUCUACCGCAUGCAACGACUAUCCCAGUUACAUUCCAAACACUUGCUAUCUUUUUAGUUGCGUCACUUGCCGGGUGGAGGAUGGGUACUCUGUCAGUACUAUUGUAUCUAUUGGAAGGUUUGAUGGGUGCACCCUUCUUUACACGUCAAUCCGGUGGUUACAAGGUGCUGUACGGUCCUAGCUCAGGCUACCUCUACGGGUUUGUCGUUGCAGCCUUUAUCGUCGGGUUCCUUGCCGAGCGUGGUAACGACCGUGUCUACCUCUUCCACUACAAGUCGUCACUCAUCUCCAUGAUCGUUGCCAAUGUAUCAAUCUAUAUAGUCGGACUGCCCGUGCUUGCCAAGCACAUUGGAUGGGAGCUCGCAUUCACCAAGGGUCUCGUCCCCUUCCUCGCCGGUGACGCUCUUAAAAUCAUCGUCGCUACCCUCCUCGUCCCAUCCAUUUGGAAGUUAUCUGCCUUCCUCUCAAACAAAACAUUUACUUUUAAAGCUGGUUUAAAUUUAUUUAUUAAUCAAUAA